CACAGCCCAGGGUGGGGGCAUGGAAUGGGAGUGAAUGACGGGACCAGUGAUCAAACUUGUGAGCUAGACACCAGACCAGUACGUCUUUCAGGUGCUGAUGAUGAAAGCAGUGCAGCUAGCAGUAGCUCCAGAAGGAGCAAACAUAAGCAACAGGAAGGGAAAAGGCCACAGAGACCGGUCAUGGUGGAAAAAUACGAUACUGCUUCACUGCAGUCUUCUGCAGUGUCUCAGGCAAGUCUGGUGCCAAAUCUCAGACAUGAGGUUUUAUCACAAAACACUAACAUAGUGGAUUCUCCAUCGGAAUCAGCGGAACAGACACAAUCAAUAUCCAGGAGGAGUAAGAGUACAAAUGGGACACCUGGACAAAAUAAAGGCCAGAGAGAGAACAGAAGUGCUAAUAUAACCUCAGUGAAACAAUCAGGGAUCAGAGGUGCAAUGAUAUCCACCAAGACUCAGGAGAGGCCCCAGGAGCAAACAGAGGAUGAGACUGAGGAGAAUGAGGAGAGUUUGGGACCAAGUGUCAGAAGUGAUAUAGCUACUGGAGGUGAGGAUGAUGAAGAUGAGAGGCUGGAGACUGAAGAUGAGGAAGAGGAGGAAGAGCAAAUGAAUGAGCGGACGAUUGGAGAGAGGGUGGACAAUGGAGAAGGAGCCCAAGAGGAACAAUCAGAGGAGGAGGAUGAAGAUGAGGACGAUGCGGAAGAGGAUGAGGAUGUUUUGUCACAUUCAGGGCAGCUGAAAGCUAGCAGAGAAGCAGCUUCAGACCAUGUUGUCUCAGAUGGUUCACAGAAAUUCCGAAAUGGCGAUUCAAAGAAAAACACUACCAAAAGCUCAGAAAUGGACAAGGACAAGGAGGCUGAUAAAAGCCAAAGUAAAGAUGAUCCAUCAGAAGAAGAGGAGGAGGAAGAAGAGGAUGAAGGUGAUGAUGACGAAGACCAAGAACAGGAUGAGGUAGAUGAUGACGAUGAUGAAGAUGAGAAGGAAGAGGAAGAGCAACACCCAAAAAAUGGUGCCAUAAAUCUAGACGAUGAAGAUGGAGAAGAUGAUGAAGAGCUGUACAAUCAGGAAAUUGAAGAUGAUGAGGAUGAUGAGGUGAUAGUAGAUAAUGGAUAUGCACGGUCUGAGGGUCCGAAGUACAACUUCUUAAAAUACCUGGGUGAGAAAGAUGAAGUUGAAGAUGACAUUGAAGGUCUUCUUGCUCCUAAAGUAGAAGUGCCAAAACAAAAGGAGAUGAUACCAAAGGUAAUUGUUAUUCAAAAAGGUUCGGAGAGUGACUCUGAUGUGGAGGUUCCAGAGAAGAAGAACAGCAGCCCCAUGGGCCCGGGAAACAAGGAGAUCAAUUCUGAUGAUGAGUUUGAUCACUUUUAUGACUGAGUAAAUACCUGCCUUGGACUCACAAUGCUGCAGAUAUUACAAUCAAAUACCCAAUG